GGGGAAUAGAGUGCGUAAGCAAGAGAAGACUGAACUGGGAAGCGACUGUGGCACGUGGGUGCAGCGAUGGGCAAAAAAGAGAAGAAAGUUGCUGUGGCUUCCGCUGCUCCGCGGAAGGGGCUUCUCGCCCGCGGUAGCCAUAUGAAGAAAAAAACAAAUUCAAAACCAGAUUGCCUGAAUGAGCAAGAAAUUCCAUAUCGGUUGCGGGAAAUCAUGAGGAGCCGGGAUGAUCUAAAAAACCCUACCCGCAAGAAGAAGAAAAAGAAAACUGCAAAUAAGCAGAGGCCUCAGUCAGAGGGUGACAUACCAGUACCGAAGUUCAGGAGACGGCGAGGGGAGACAGAAAACUCAUACAAUAAACGUAUGGACCGGGAAAUUGAGCACGUGCGCUUCCUCACUGAAAACCAGAUGCAACGUGAGCCUGAAAAAGAGAUACAAGUCCAAGAAAAGUCACAGAAGAAAAAAGAAUUUCAGAAGAAGAGGCUGGAAAAAAUACGUAAGCAAAAAACAGAGAAAAAAAUAACCAUGUUGGAGAAGGACCUUUUCAAAGACUCAGUAAAAUUUGGAGAAGUUGCUCUACAGCCUCCCACACUUACAGCGAAACCCAGGAAGAGUGUUAUCAAAGACAAGGGUGAUCAGAGGCAGCAACUUCUGCUAACGUCUCUUUUGGGCUCUGGCAGAAAGGCCAGUGUUAAAAAAUCAGUCCAUGCCUCUCUCGCUCGCCAAAGGAUCGUUCAAGAGGAGAGAGAAAGGGUUGUCCAGGCUUAUCGGGAUAUGAAGAAAAGGAAACAGAAGCAGCAACAGCAGUUGAAGGAAAGCUUUCUUGCUAUAGACAAACUAAAGAAACCAGCCUGAGUUGGCAGAACAGUUCUGUCAUUCCGAGACACACAAUGCCAUUACAAACCAAUUGUAGAAUGACAAGCCAAGUCUGCUGUCUUUCUCUUUUCCACUUCGAAUGAAAGUAACCAGCAACACUGAUAACCAGAAUAACAGCUUUGUGAGGUAGCAAAUCCAAGUUUACACACUUUGCUUUUCUGAGCAGACCAGUUUUUUAAAAAAAGUGUUUCUUGUAUCCCAGUUUGUUGAAUUUGUAACAUGAAAAACACAGACCCAAUACUUGUUACUUCCAAAAGGAUUAGCAAUUCAAAUUGACUACAAGAAUCAGAGCUAGUUUUCAGGUACCAAUCUAUAUUGAUGUUUUUUAUAAGCCUCCUUCUGAUGUUGAGGAAAACUCUUCUCCAGAUAGACAUUGCAUUCCUUUUGGAAUUUUUUUAAUCUAUGUAUGUUUUCCCCAUACCUGGAUUAUCACAAAAAAAAUGUGAAAAACCAAAACAAUCCAGGCUGGGUCCCUCUUUGGAGUUUAGUUACCAGUUUCUGAAUCAAAGUCGGAGAUAUUUUGAAGAGCUUGGACCAUCUCCUCCAAGAUGUUAUCAGAGGCAGAUGAAUUGGAUUAAAAUACGUUCCAAUACAAAUGGAUCUUGUUGCUAGUUUUGCUGGCUCUCGUUGAAAAUGAUUUCCUUGCAGAAGAGAAAUGGGACUGCUACUCCAAGGGCAGCUACUGUAUGGACAUCCACCAUUAAAUAGCAGCAAAAACUUUGAUUGGAUGAAAGUCCUUAAGAUAGGAUAAGGCAGAAGGUACACUUCCUUGGCAGAGGUUUAAGAUGAAGAGGAAGCAACGUGUUUUAUUUUGCAGAGCAUUUUUGCCAACUUUACGAAAGCGAUCAGAAGAAAACGAUGGUACCAUCUUCUGUCUUGCCCUUCCAAAUCCUGGUGCUGUUGUGCAGAAACAAGAACAUGCAUUGGCAAAAACCAAUGAAAGAGCUUAAAUAAGGAAAUAAAGUGGUAUUGCUAUGCCCAGCAACAGUCACACUGUGUUCUUGACUCUACAAGCCAAAAUUAUUUUAAAA